AUGCUGUCUAUCAUUUCCCUUGCCAUGUUCGCCGGUGUUGCUCUGGCCCAGAGCGCUCAAAUCGGACUUCCUACUGCCGGUCAGAAGCUCGCCAGCGGCAGCAAGGUGACUGUCCAGGUUCAGCGUCCUAAUAGCCUCACCGGAUCCACGGAAAUGGCUGUUGCCAUCGGCAUCUCCUCCUGCGCAUCUCAGGCUUGCAAUCCCGCGGAUGAAGUCAUGGGCAGCAUACUCUAUAAUGGGCCAUUCAAGCCUGUGUACCAUGAAACCUCACGGCCGCCCUAUCAGAACUUUACUGUCAGCCUUCCUUCCGGCUUUGCUCCUGGUAAUGCUCAGAUUAAUGUUGCGCAUGCUACCUUGAUCGGGGCUGGACCAUUCCCUUUCUUAGAAGCACUGAACCAAACUGUGGUUGUUCUCUAA